CGUCCAGGGCAAAGAGUGCCGUAAUGAACCUGUACCUCAUAGGCCCGCUGGCAGAGUGGUUAGGGCUAGGGCUCUGAGAAAGGUUUAUCCUCACAGCUGCAUUUUUAUGCAGAUUAAAUUGGGAGUUCCUUUAAUUCACUGGGUUUGCUUUGGUGUAAAGGUACAUAGGAUUGGUCUCUACAUGUUUAUAUUGCAGUCUUGAAGGCAGGAUUCAAAGAGAAAACUGUACUAUAUUAUGUACUUUAUGAGGGUUUGUUUUGCGCAUAUGUUACAAAGAUGGCUGUCUCUCUUAUUAUAAAAUGGGGUGGGCAAGAAUUCUUGAUAACAACCUUAUCGGAAGAAGACACAGUGUUAGAUCUCAAGCAGUCUCUCAAGGGACUUACUGGAGUGCUGCCAGAGCGUCAAAAGCUUCUUGGACUAAAAGUGAAAGGCAAGCCAGCGGAGAAUGAUGUUAAGCUUGGAACACUAAAACUGAAACCAAAUACUAAAAUUAUGAUGAUGGGGACACGUGAAGAAAGCUUGGAAGAUGUCCUUGGGCCACCCCCAGAUAAUGAAGAUGUGGUCAAUGAUUUUGACAUUGAAGAGGAAGUUGUUGAAGUGGAGAACAGGGAAGAGAAUCUACUAAAAAUCUCUCGCAGAGUUAAAGAGUACAAAGUGGAAAUACUGAAUCCUCCAAGGGAAGGGAAGAAAUUAUUGGUUCUGGAUGUUGACUACACCCUAUUUGACCAUAGGUCGUGUGCAGAAACUGGAGUUGAACUGAUGAGGCCAUACUUGCAUGAGUUCCUGACAUCUGCGUAUGAAGACUACGAUAUUGUUAUUUGGUCUGCUACUAAUAUGAAGUGGAUUGAAGCUAAAAUGAAGGAACUGGGAGUGAGCACCAAUGCAAACUACAAGAUAACCUUCAUGUUGGAUAGUGCUGCCAUGAUAACUGUGCAUACUCCAAGGCGAGGAUUAAUUGAUGUGAAACCUUUGGGUGUUAUAUGGGGCAAAUUUUCAGAGUUUUACAAUAAGAAAAAUACAAUCAUGUUUGAUGACAUCGGACGAAAUUUUCUGAUGAAUCCCCAAAAUGGACUUAAGAUAAAGCCCUUCAUGAAGGCGCAUUUAAACAGAGAUAAAGAUAAGGAGCUUGUAAAACUUACUCAAUACCUCAAGGAAAUAGCAAAAUUAGAUGACUUUUUAGAGCUGAACCACAAGCACUGGGAAAGGUACCUUUCAAAGAGGCAAGGCCAAUAGCUUUAAUUGUGAAGCAGAAUGUAGAGCUCUUUUGACCUUUCCUCCUGUGUAAGCUAGAAUAAAUAGUGCUGGACACUGACUUAGCCACCAGAGUGACUCUUUACACAUGGUCUUACUAUCGAUUUGCACUGUCUGAAGAAUACAGCAAACAGUGGAAAAGGAAAACAAUUGCUCUUCUUGUGUUUUUCUCUGGUGUUACCAUUUAAAAUAAUACAGUCCGUACUGCUACUAUAGUAUUCCCAAGAUUUAAAGCCACACUAUUCUGAAAUGUGUGUGUGUGUGUAUGUGGGGGAGGGGGAGUUCAGACCAAAAAAAAAAAACCCUCUGGAGAAACCCAAAAGUUUACUGUGGACCCAUUUUGCCAUUCUUGGAGAUAGAAAUUGCUUCCCUCCCCUGUUAUGGUAUUUAAGUCUAUGAACUGUAUUCUGUCUAAUUAUGUAUUAGUAUGUCAAAUGUUCCUUUGUGCAAGACAGAUUUAUGGGAGAAAGCCUCCCUAGAGGGCAAAAGCACCUUAGUGUGUAGAUCUUGAUGACAAAACUUGGAUCGUGUAUGACUGAGGAUAGGAAGAUUUUUUUAAAAAAGAAAAUAACAAUGCUUUGUUGAAAAGUAUUCCUUUUUUACAAAAAUACUUCUGGUUAGAGAAAGAUUUAAGCCUGAGGAGAGCAGAGUACUAAUUCCUUAAAGCAUGAACAUUAGUUGUUCUGUUCUUAAUUUUGUGAGGCUGCAGCCUUUUUGAAUGGCAGUGUUCAGCCACAGCUGUUCAGAAACGAUCACUUGAGCUGCUUCAGCCUGUCCCAUGGAAGUUUGAUGUGACUGUUGUCUCACAGGAUUUGACAGCCCCUCGUCAUGCCAUUCUUGUAUUUGAGAGCAGACGCCCCCUUUCAGAUAAAGACUGCAUAUAUUAUUCUUAAGGAACUAUAGCAGGUGUGCUAAUAAUAAAUGCCUUUUCUUAAAA